AGACUCGAGCCGAGGCCCGGAGCCCGCGCAGCUGCCCCCGCUCCCCCCGCCCCGCGCUCGCCACUGCGCAGGCGCGGCCCGAGAGCGUGGGUCAUCUGGAGGCAGCAGGCACUCCGGAGCCCUGGGGUUUGCGGCCUGCGUUCGGCAGGCUCCAGCCGCGCACUACUUGAGGGAAAUAGGCUCAGCAAGCUGAGUCUCCCCGCACCCUGGGCAGUGUGGUCAUGGAGAAUCAGGUGCUCACGCCUCACGUCUACUGGGCUCAGCGGCACCGAGAGCUGUAUCUGCGCGUGGAGCUGAGUGACGUGCAGAAUCCUGCCAUCAGCAUCACUGAAAAUGUGCUGCAUUUCAAAGCUCAGGGGCAUGGUGCCAAAGGAGACAAUGUUUAUGAAUUUCACCUGGAGUUCUUAGACCUUGUGAAGCCAGAGCCGGUUUACAAACUGACCCAGAGGCAGGUAAACAUUACAGUGCAGAAGAAGGUGAGUCAGUGGUGGGAUAGACUCACCAAACAGGAGAAGCGCCCACUGUUUUUGGCCCCUGACUUUGAUCGUUGGCUGGACGAGUCUGAUGCAGAAAUGGAGCUCAGAGCCAAGGAAGAAGAACGCCUAAAUAAACUAAGACUUGAAAGCCAAGGCUCCCCUGAAACUCUUACAAGCUUGAAGAAAGGAUACUUGUUCAUGUAUAAUCUAGUGCAGUUCUUGGGAUUCUCCUGGAUAUUUGUCAACAUGACUGUGCGGUUGUUUAUCUUGGGAAAAGAAUCCUUCUAUGACACGUUCCACACCGUGGCUGACAUGAUGUAUUUCUGCCAGAUGCUGUCAGUUGUGGAAACUAUCAAUGCAACAAUUGGAGUCACUAAGUCACCAGUGAUACCUUCUCUUAUCCAGCUUCUUGGAAGAAACUUCAUUUUGUUUAUCAUCUUUGGCACCAUGGAAGAAAUGCAAAACAAAGCUGUGGUUUUCUUUGUGUUUUAUAUAUGGAGCACAAUUGAAAUUUUCAGGUACCCCUUCUACAUGCUUACCUGCAUUGACAUGGAUUGGAAGGUGCUCACGUGGCUUCGUUAUACUGUGUGGAUUCCCUUAUAUCCUCUGGGAUGUUUGACAGAAGCUGUCGCAGUGAUCCAGUCCAUUCCAAUAUUUAAUGAAACAGGGAGAUUCAGCUUCACAUUGCCAUAUCCAGUGAAAAUCAAAGUUAGAUUUUCCUUUUUUCUUCAGAUUUACCUUAUAAUAUUAUUUUUAGGGUUAUACGUAAAUUUCCGUCAUCUUUAUAAACAGCGCAGGCGGCGCUUUGGACAAAAAAAGAAAAAGAUCCACUAAAAAGAAAGAUUUAGAUGACCUCUUGCCAGUUUGAGCCUAAUCUUUAAUUCUUACAGUUUUACCUUCUUGUACUGAUGUAAAAGUUUUUUGUUUUUUUUUUUAAAUGAUUAAAUUCUCAGUGAGGCUGUUUUCCUUUUCCCCCAGUAACAUUCCUGAAUUUACUGUAUUAUCUUAGUGUAGUACUCGCAUGACAUGGAUUCCUGACACCUGAUGACAGGGUCAUUCUUGUGUAUUCUGUUAGUGACACAAAAGACUCGGCCCUACUCCCACUCACUUCACGUCCAGUCAGUCUGUUUUACAGGCCAGAGCUAUUUCUUCAGUGCCCUGUCCCUACCAGCUACUGGCCAUUCUCAGCUGGGAUCUGUUCUUUUCAGCUGUUGCUUGUGUGGAAAAAAAAAAAAGCAAGACUAUGUUGCUGUAUAGGAGACUAUGAAAGUGACUCAGGCAGGACUUAAUAGAUUCUGUACCCAGGAGACUACUUGUUAAGUGGGUUGGGAUUGAUUUUUUUGAAAAUCAAGUUUGACUCAUUGAUAAAACACUUCUGAGUCUGAGUGGGGCUAGGUCACAUGUUACCUCUGAAUCUUUUGGCCUCUCUAACAACAUCUAACCUGCGCGGGCAGUGCAGAGGCACGCAGUGAUGUGAGAGAAACCAAGUCACAACCUUGGAACACCAUGACCACUUACUUCAUUCCUAACUAAAUCAGAACUCUCUGUCUCUGUAUAUAUAUCUCCCCACACACUUUUUAGAGCCACACCCUCAGCAUAUGGAAGUUCCCAGGCUAGGGGUUUAAUAGGAGCUACAGCCUGCUGCUACACCACAGCCAUAGCAAUGCCAGAUCCAAGCCGUGUCUGUGAUCUAUACUACAGCUCAUGGCAACACUGGAUCCAUAACCCACUGAGUGAGGCCAGGGAGCAUACCCUCGUCCUCAUGGAUACUAGUCAGGUUGUUUCCACUGCACCACAACAGGAACUUUAGAACUAUUUUCAACACUAAAGAAAGAUAAAUCAUUAGUUAGAAAACAAUGAGAUUAUAUAAGCAUUCCAAACCCAAAUGGCACUACAGGGAUCAGAAGGGUCACACUGGCAAUGCAGCCUGUGACAAACUGGAAACAUCUGAGUAGGCCAGACUAAAUAUACCUACAAAGCUGUCUUAGGCUGUACACAAACAAAAACAUCAGUCCUCCUUCCCCUGCACAGACUGAGUCCAUUUACUUGUGUACCUGUCAGGGUAAGUUGGUGGGAUUAUCUAUUUUUUGAAUAGGCCUCAGAAACACCUGCUUUUAUUCUUCUGCUGUUUCACCUAUCUGCAGUAGGAUGGUGAAAACAGAGUAAGAACUUCAGCUGGAGAACCACCAGCCAGGCCUUUAACAAGGCCUGCAGGAAAUCCACCAACAAAGGAAAUAGAAAAAAAAUCCAGACAUUAUGAUUUGGCCAUUGUCCGAGACAUCGGUUUCCCCUAAUACAUUCCAAGUAAACCAGGUAAAAUAAGUGUUAGAAGUAAUGUCUGCAUAUAAGAAUUUAAGGCAUGACAGCUUCUGCUGUUCUGCCAUUCCCGUUGUUUCUGGGGGAAAGGGUACUACUCAGUGAGUUACGCUGUUUCUCUGAGCCCAGGAUGGAAACUUGGUUGGACCUCAAAGCAUCUAAUUAGCAUAGCUGGCUGAUUUUUUUACAAGCUCACUACACUGAAGGAUGUUUUGCAUGUCUGCAACUUCUGUCAAUUGUUUGUAUUAAUUUCUGGUGUUCUUUCAACUGACUUUCUAUGUGUAACUGGGCAGAUAAGCUUUAUAGCAGAUUAUGCUCUAUCUUUAUAGCAGAAUCUUGUAUUCUUAGUGAUUGUUAUAAACCCCGUUAUUGCUGUCUGAGAAAGCAAAAGACUGUAUUUCUAUUAAAUAUUUACAAUCAAAAUCCUGCUAA